CCUGUGGGGCCAAGGGCACAAAACCGGACUCUGGGCUCGGGCCCAGUGUCAGUGUUUCCUGACUCAGAACGAGUGAAGGAGCAUCUUGGAAGAGACCUUGGUGUUCCAAAGAGAGACGUCCUGCUGAGAGUCACCAUGGCGGACAGAGACGAGCAGGCCGCCGAGGAGAGGCAGGACGCCCCUGAAGAGAGAGAGGAGCAAGCCCCCGAAGAGAGGGAGCCAGCCUGCGUGCUGUGUCAGCGAUCAGAGGCUGACCCGGUCAUCUGCGGACAAAGAAGUUUCGUACUUGGGCUCUGUGUCCACAAGUUCUGCCUGUUUUUUGUCAGCAACUCUCCUGACCGCCCGGUUCAGCGACUAGAAUUCUGGAAUAUUCACGAAAGGGAGAUCCCAGAUAUAGUCUCCCAGGCGGCUCAGCAGAACUGCUGCAUCUGUGGCCAGAGAGGGGCCACCAUCCCCUGCUGGGCAAGACACUGUAACCUGAGCUUCCACCUGCCCUGUGCCAAGCAGGGAGGCUGUGUCACCCAGUUCGUGGCACCGUACAGGGCCUUCUGCCCCGCACACAGCCCACAGCAGGCAGUGGAGGCGACUCCAGAGCCGGGCACCCAAUGCCUCAUCUGCUUGGAGCCUGUGGAGGACAGAAACACCUUCAACACCCUGGUGUGCCCGGCCUGCAGAACCGCCUGGUUCCACAGGGACUGCAUCCAAAGACUGGCUCUGCAUGAUGGACUUUUAUCCUUCCGGUGCCCCGUCUGCAGAAAUUGUGGCAGAUUUCUCAGGGAUAUAGCCAACAUGGGGAUCCGAAUCCCCUUCAGAAUACAAGCAGCACGGGAGGACAUUAAUGCUUUUGCUGAGUUCGGAGAGAGACACAGGCGCUGCGAUGCCAGCGAGUGCCUUUGUCCAGGAGGCAGGCAGGAGGCAGAGGAGGAGGGGUAA